GUUAUGACGUUCUUCCCUAGUUUCUCUACAGACAUGUUCGCGUAGUCCGCUGACUUAUGUGUUUAUGUCGUGAUCUCGCUUCCAACAUUUCUUUGUUUGAUUUAUUUUUCAAUAAAGCUGAAUAUUGCCGGACAUGGAGCCAUCAAUAAGCAGGCUUAUAGUGUGCUUCAUGUUGUCAAUAACUCUCCCGGAUGUAAUGAACGCCCAAGAAUUAGAGGGACAAGAAGAAGUGGAAAUCUACGUUGGGAAGUACUUGGGGAAGUUGAAUUCCUAUCAUCAUCAAGUUCAAGGCGAGGUUUAUGCCGUUGACGCCUUCACAUUCUUUGUCAAGGACUUCACGUAUGAUGGCAAUGGCAAAGAUGCAUUCUUUUGGGCGGGAUCCAAUUACCGGCCAGGAUUGCAAGGGUUCAUAGUUCCCAACGAAUACGGCCGAACCAAUGUUCUGGACCGGUAUUUGAACAAAGAUAUUACUUUGACCUUACCGGAUAAGAAGAAAAUGACUGAGAUCAAAUGGCUUGCUGUGUUCGACCUGACGGUGGGGGAAGCUUUUGGGGACGUGUACAUACCUGAAGGUUUUGAACCACCUGGGGCUCAAGUGCUUUCUGAGCUGUCCCGCAGAUCAAACGGAGUUCGUUCGGGUCCGAUCGAAAUCCGGGAUUCGAAGACCAUCGCUGUCCCGGAUUUUCAUUAUGAUGGACAAGCUGAUGAUGCUGUCUUCCUUGUUGGAAAAGGUCCGCAGCCACACCGCGGAGGUUCAAGGGUGCCCGACGAAAAUGGAUACUUGACGAAAUUGAGGCGGUAUACCGGAGAAGAUGUCGUCCUUUUGCUGCCUGGAGAGAUAAACGUAUUCGAGAUUGACUGGGUGGCUGUUUAUGACUUCGCAGCGAACAAAAGUCUUGGUUCAGUAGUUGUUCCGAGUCGACUCAACGUGCCCCCCAGCCUUUUGGAAACCAUUUCCGUCAAAAGCGAUCUGAUUAAUUGCGAGCAACUGCACCGAGACUUGCAAGUGCGAUGGGGGCUAUUCGGACCGCAGUUGACAAUUGAGCUCGUUGGGCUAUUGGGAGCCCGCGAGUACAUGGCAUUUGGCAUCAGUGGGUCGGGAACCGAAUCACAAAUGAUUGGCGGCGAUGUUGCGCUUGCAUACUUCAAUGACCAAGGAGUUGCUUAUGUACAAGAUUACAAUCUUACUGCGAAACAACAGUGCUCUAAUUUGCUGAAUGACCGUCAUCGCGGAGCUUGUACAGAUGAAGUCGUCGGAGGAGUGGGAAGUUACCAGAUUUUGUCGAGUGCUCAAGCAGAUGGACUCAACACUAUCAGAUUCAGACGUCCACAUGCUGACACUGGCGACAACGGCGAUCAACCUUUUCCAGUUGGGAGGGAAGGUGCCAUGAUUUGGGCCAUGGGAAAAUUGGAUGACAAAGGAAAUCCAACUUUCCACCGAGCUUACAACAAGGAAACGCUUCUGCUACAAUUUGAUCGCCCCGAAACGGACAAAUGUCAAAAGAACUUCGUUAAAUAUCGGGAAAAAAAUCAAAAGCCUUGGGGAACUUUCCGACUAACAGACCCAUCUGUGAACUCAUUCAAUGCAUCAUUAGGUCCGCCGGGAAUGCGACGUGGUUAUGAAGGAAUAACAGGUCAAACCCCGGCACAUGUGGUGUGGUACAUCAACGGCUACCUGUCCCCCGAAAUUUAUCUGGAACGGGGGAAAACGUACAAGUUUCGAGUUCGCGGUGGGAACCAACCGCACCAAACUGGCGCAUCCUUUUAUCACCCGUUCAUCAUUACGGAUGAACCACAUGGGGGUUAUGGCUUGCUUACUGAUGAAGAACGUCAGGAAAUCAGGACACUUGCUGGUGUUACGUUCACUCGUCGUGGAUUGCCUGGACCCGUAGCUGCUGGUCCAUUGUGCAUGUGGCGCCAUAACAAAACAGCUGGAGGACACGGAGAUAGACGCCUGGAUGACGAGUUCCCGUCAUUUAAAGCUUUCCGCAACUCUUUGUCGUGGUUUUGUGAACGUGGCGCGGAAGAUGGCGGAGCUAUGCUGCAAGUCACACCGAACGUUAGUUGGCCCGACACCGUUUACUACAACAGUUAUACGACUCGGAAUAUGGGAUGGCGCAUCCGCGUCGUUGAUGAUCUCGGGGGCCUGGUGAACCUUCAGCAACAACAAGCGCCGAAUGCUCCGUCCGCUGCGUCUUCUGUAUGGGAACGAACGAAUUUUCAAGGAAUGCGAGAGAAGAACAAGAACAACUUCCCCCUCCUGUUGGCGAAAUCACGACUGGAAUGGAAAGUGUUGAAGAACGGUUGUAGCAAAAAUCCUUCGCAGUGGAUUUCUUCCCGAUGCGGGCAUGCAUCUUGUUUAGUAGAUGAUCAAAUCUUUGUGUACGGCGGUUUGUCAUCGCUAGCUACCGGCUACAAUGACCUUUGGAGCUUAGAUUUGACGGAAAGACGAUGGUCUCGCAUACCCACUGCUGGGAAUCAACCUUUGCCCAAAGGGGGAGCAACUCUGCUCCCACGCAGAAAUUCCUUGAUUCUUCUUGGUGGAUUCCUUUACUACAUGAUUCGAAGUCCCGAAAACAGCGAUCUCGUAUUGCCUUACCAAGGCUAUAAUCUUAGUCCCUGUGAGCUUCACGUGUUCGAUCGGAAAACACAGGUUUGGCAUCAGUGGACCGGGAACACGAAAGAACCUGUGAAUGUUUGUUACCACUCCGCCACAAUCCACAGAGAUGAAAUGGUGGUUUUCGGUGGACAAAAAGGGACGAAAGAAAUUUCCGACGAACUUUGGUGCUUUAAUUUUGACGACAAACUUUGGCGGCGCCCAGCGAGGAAGGUCGAACUGUGGCCCGCGGCGAGGUGUGUACACUCGCAAUUGGAGUUGGACCAUAACCAUCUGUUGAUCCUUGGAGGAUAUGGCGGACCAAACCGACCUUUGCGAGAUGCAUGGUUGUUGGAGACCCGGAAAAAUCAACAGUGGCUGUGGCAUGAGGUUACUAUCGAGAAUACUGCCCCCCCUGGCGUCUGGUGUCGACCUUUCACCAAGAUUGGACAUCAUGCAGUUGUGAUCAGUCCGUGUGACGAAUGUUGUUUGCACGGUGCUCGCUUUGUUGAUAAAUUCGUAUCCCAUCGUCAUAGGACGCCGGAUCACGAACCUUCAUCUUCAGUGAAUAGUGGUGACCGUAACGUUAAUGGCCAAUACGGCUCCAUCCGUGCAUCUGUAUCUUCCCCGAGUGACACAGCACCCGUGGGUGUCAAAUCCCCAUCACCAUCUUCCAAGCGUCCGAAUGCCCAACGAAACGCUCAGUUGCGACUCGAAAGCCUUCGGCGAUACGAGCAGUGGUUGUUGGCUACAAAAAAGCCCAAGCGUGGGGAGCCGCGUGCUGUAGAUAGCAGCACGUGUUGCACGUUACACGUGUUGGACGUGAGUCGCGUUGUGCGGGAGAAGAAGGCUGUGUGGCUGGAAAACCAUGCACAUUCGCGUUGUGCCCCGGGGCCGACGCACUCCCCGAGGUACUCCUUUCAUUGUGGUCGGAACAGGGAGCUCAUUGUGUUCGGUGGUCUGAUGAACGGCUCGGAAUUGAUGGAAACUACGAAUGACGUGUUUUUCGGGACUGUGCCGUGUGAUGUAGUGCCGUGAUGAUUUGAUGAAUUUGUUCUCUAUGCGUCUUGCAUUUUCAAUUGAGUUAACAAAGGCCGUUUGCUAAAAUACUCGUUUUUCGAUUGAUUCUGUUCGUGGUCAUGUAAUUACGGGUUGUUCACUGAUGCUUUACUUGAUACCGGAAGGAAGUCAGAGGAGGUCGAUUCUCGACUGGGUUCAUUCUAAAUGAAUGAUAUGGAUUCUUCGCCUCAAGUUUGAUGGACCUUUCAGGAUGAUUUUUUCAGCUUUACAAUCACGUGUUGAAAGUAUGAUCUAAUUAGUAGUCGAGAGAUUUUUGCUUUCAUUUUUGUCAGAAAUGGGCAGGGAAAUUUUGUUUCAAGUCGCUGGGGGAGUGAGGAUUAUUGCAAACCGUGUGUCAGUCUGAAACAUCGGGAAAAUAUUCAUGGUGAGUUUUCGAUCUCCGUGAUUUUGCAAAUGCGCAUGUCCGUGUUCUUCCCGAUUUUCUCUGUUGUAGGCUGUUGCAUGGUUUUUGAAGAGGACUGCCUGGAACUUCGUUUGAGUGUGUCUCACAUUUUCGUGUUGCGUGAAAUCUGAGCUUUUGAUUCAUUAACUUGUGGGAGAAUUUGAAGUCCAUGUUCUUUACUACAUAUUGAUUCAAUUUUUUAUUUGUUUGGCUGAUGCUGUUUUUGCUAAGCUCGCACCCUUCAGGUGUGGAUAAUGCAUUUUCAGUUUUCCUUUU